AUGGAUUCCUGCACCCCAUGUCCAGAAGGUCAUUAUCCAAACAAAGAGCAGGAUCACUGCAUUCCCAAGGAUGUAAGUUUUCUGAGCUACAGAGAACCUCUUGGGAUCAGCCUGACCACUCUUGCUCUUUUCUUUGCUUGCACCACGGCUCUAGUGCUUUGGAUCUUCCUUAAGUACAAGGAAACACCCAUUGUCAAGGCCAACAAUCGGAACCUCACCUAUCUUCUGAUCAUUUCCCUCCUGCUCUCCUUCCUUUGCCCUUUGCUAUUCAUUGGUCAGCCAGACAAGGUGAGGUGUCUCCUUCGCCAAACCACUUUUGGCAUUAUCUUCUCAGUGGCAGUUUCUUGCAUUUUGGCCAAAACCAUCAUUGUAGUUCUGGCUUUUAUGGCCACCCAACCAGGCUCCAGGAUCAGGAAAUGGGUGGGGAAACCACUGGCCAACUCCAUCGUCCUCUCCUGUUCCCUUACUCAAGGCGCUAUAUGUAUGGUGUGGCUGGCAACCUUUCCCCCAUUCCCUGAUGCUGACAUGCACUCUCUGGCUGAAGAAAUUGUCCUGGAAUGCAAUGAGGGUUCAGCUAUCAUGUUCUACUGCAUGCUGGGCUUUAUGGGCUUCCUGGCCAUGACCAGCUUCACCUUGGCUUUCCUAGGAAGGAAGUUACCGGACAAUUUCAAUGAAGCCAAGUUCAUCACCUUCAGCAUGAUGGUCUUCUGCAGUGUCUGGCUCUCCUUUGUCCCAACCUACCUGAGCACGAGGGGGAAAUAUGUGGUAGCUGUGGAGGUCUUCUCUAUCUUGGCUUCUAGUGUUGGGUUACUAGGCUGCAUUUUCCCUCCCAAAUGCUAUAUCAUUUUGAUCAGGCCUGAGCUGAAUGACAAGCAGCAGCUGAUGAGAAGGAGUCAAUGA